AUGCCGUCGCUGAGCCGUGGCCGUCUUUGCCUGGCGCUGGCAUUGUGCGCAGUGGUCUUGUUUCUUGUGGUGAGGUCUGGACAUCAGGUUCGUAGUUACCCAAAACCUGGGUUUGCAAAACAGUACUCCUUGUCGGGAACUGGUGCAGUCGGCAUAGGAAAUGCCACCCUGGGUUUCGAAAAGAUCUUCGUCGUCAACGCACCGUGGCGAACAGAUCGCAGAGACUCUAUCUCGCUCGCUGCCUCCUACAGCGGCAUGUCUCUGGAAUGGAUUGAUGGCGUACAGGCCGAAGACAUCCGAGAGAAGGCGUACCCACCUGGCAAUCAUCGCCAACUGUCUGAUGGAUUGAAGGGGUCAUGGCGGGCUCAUAUGAACGCACUUCGAACCAUCAUAGAGCAGAACCUCAGCUCUGCUUUGAUCAUAGAGGAUGAUGCUGACUGGGACUUCCGCAUCCGUUCUCAACUAUCAAGCAUCAGUCAUGCAGUUCCUCAUAUACCAACGCUCGUUUCUCAAAAGGAACUCCAAGCACAACAACACCCACCUUCCCAGGAGCGCCUCUCUCAAGCUGACCUGGCCGACCGUUCUACCGUCCCUCUCUCCGCUUUAUCAUCCCAUAAGACUCCCCACCACACCCCUUACGACCUGACCUGGGACGUCCUCUGGCUCGGCCACUGCGGUGCCACUCUUCCACUCCCUUCUUCAGCCUCACCCAACCGCAUCCUCAUCCCCAACGAUCGCACGAUACCGUUACCCAAACAUCUCAAAUUCAUGCGUUCAGCUCCCCUAGAUGCCAUGGCCACCCUCUACCCUCCACACAGCCGCCUCGUCCAUCGCACAAACAGCACCCUCUGCACCAUCGCCUACGCCGUCACGCAGCCGGGAGCCCGAAAACUGCUCUACGAGUUCGGCAUCCGCGACUUCUCCAAGGGCUACGACAUGGCCUUGUCAGACUACUGCAGCGGCAAGGCGAGAGCGCAGAUGGAAGACGAGGCACCAGUUCCCAUGUGUGUGGUUGUGCAGCCACCGGUUUUUGCACACUGGUUUGAUGGGGGCAACGGAAGGAGCGAUAUUUCUGCCGUAGGAGCGAGUGGGAAACCCGAAGAAGGGAGUAGGUAUAUCAGGUGGAGUGUUAGGGCGAAUCUGGAGGGACUGGUUAAGGGGGAGGCGGGCUUGGUGGAGCAGUGGCGGGAUGAGGAGUAA